AUGAAGUUCUUGAUUGUAGUAGCUCUUGCCGUCGCGGCAGUAUCCGCUGAUGAAGCCAAGAAGACCGAGAAACGCGGUGUUGCCGGUCUUGGUUAUGGGGGUCUCGGCUACAGCGGCCUUGCCGGCUCCGGACUUGGUGGUUAUGGUGGCUACAGCGGACUUGGCUACGGUGGUGGCUACGGCGGGUUACGGCGGAUACGGUGGUGGAUACGGCGGAUACGGAGGAUACGGUGGAUACGAGACCAACAAGAAUCCCAAAGCAAGAGUAAUGAAAAAUUCAACAAUUUUACGAACUUUCUUCCAGCACCCGUUGCAGUAAGCAAAGUUGCCUACACCACUGACCACACCGGUUACAGUGGUCUUGGCGGAUACGGAGGAUACGGUAGCCACGGUCUCGGAGCUCUCGGAGGUUACGGAAGUUACGGAGGAUACGGUGGAUACGGGUCAUACGGAAACGGCUACUACGGCUCCUCAGCUGCCGGUUACGGAGGUCUUGGCUACGGCGGUUACGGCCACGGUCUUGGCUACGGAUACCACUAA